GCAAUGGACAAUGUUGCCAUGAAGUGCCUAGCCCAUUCACGAAACUGACAACGUCUUGCAGUAAUCUGUGGCGUCUAGGCGAGAUAUACUUUACACCAUCGCUCACGCAAAGUCCACGCAGAAUGGGUUCUCGACUACAUGUUCAGGAAAUUCAGGGCGGACCCCCGCUUCCUUACGAAGAUGAUAUCAGGGCAUUUUGCAAAGAGUAUGCAGAGUUACUAGAUGCACAAGACCCUUUGCGGCGCUUCAGAGACGAGUUUAUCAUUCCAUCAAAAAAGGAUCUAAAAAGAAAGACUCUGUUCCCAAACGAUGAAACUGAAGAGACGUCCGAUGAAGAAUGUAUUUACCUCUGCGGCAACUCGCUUGGCCUUCAACCCCGUAGCACCCGGAAAUACAUCGAAUACUACCUUCGGACAUGGGCAACCAAGGGCGUAACCGGUCAUUUUGUUCCGCAUGACGACCAGCUGCUUCCUCCAUUUGUUGAUGUCGACGAGGCUGGAGCCAAACUCAUGGCCCCGAUUGUGGGUGCACUAAAAAGCGAAGUAGCAGUGAUGGGCACGUUAACGACCAACCUACACCUCCUGAUGGCCAGCUUCUAUCGACCCACUCGGGAAAGAUAUAAGAUCGUCAUCGAAGGCAAGGCAUUUCCGAGUGAUCAUUAUGCCGUUGAAUCCCAGAUCAGGCAUCACAAGCUCGACCCAAAGGAUGCCAUGGUCCUUAUAGAGCCAGAAGACCUUGAUCGGCCCAUUCUGGACACAGACUAUAUCCUCCGAGUCAUCGAUGAGAAUGCGCAUAGCACUGCUCUGAUCCUCCUAUCCGCAAUCCAAUUCUAUACCGGGCAAUACUUCGAUAUUCAAAGGAUCACCGCUCAUGCCCAGUCUAAAGGUAUUCUUGUUGGCUGGGAUUGUGCCCAUGCAGCAGGCAAUGUUGACCUACGACUGCAUGAUUGGAACGUCGAUUUUGCUGCUUGGUGUACCUACAAGUACCUCAACGCCGGACCUGGAGGGAUGGCAGCUUUGUUUGUCCAUGAGAGGCAUGGCCGAGUGGACAUGGAACAGGCCGCAUCUGGGAAGGAGGCUUUCUAUCCGCGGUUUUCUGGCUGGUGGGGAGGGGAUAAGCAAACUCGUUUCUUGAUGAACAACCACUUCGUGCCCCAGCAAGGAGCGGCCGGGUUUCAGCUAUCCAACCCAUCAGUUCUGGAUAUGAAUGCAGUAAUGGCAUCACUGGAAUUGUUUAAUCAAACAUCGAUGGCUGAAAUCCGCAAAAAGUCCUUGAACCUCACAGGAUACCUGGAACACCUCCUUCUCUGCGACCCUAAAACCGAGAGUUCCGAGAAAAGACCAUUCACCAUCAUCACUCCCUCAAAUCCAGCAGAGCGUGGAGCUCAAUUGAGUAUACGUCUCCAACCAGGCCUUCUCGACCGUGUCCUUGAAUCGUUGGAUGAGGAUGCAGUAAUCAUAGACGAGAGGAAACCAGACGUCAUUCGGGUUGCACCGGCACCUCUGUAUAACACGUAUGUAGAGGUGUGGCGAUUUGCCCAAAUCUUCCACCUUGCCUGUGAUAAAGCGCUUCGUGGUCGAGAGUAACAUAGCAACACUGUGAUGGCAACAAUAUUUUUUACGAGCCACGGAUGUACAUACGUUGACCGUAUAUACAGUUGAACAUCAGGGGCAUCAUGAACCAAUGUAGCAAGUGCAAAGAAGAGCAGAA